UAAACAGAUGAUAACAAAUUCUCAGCAGCCUUUAAAGCUCAUUUGAGUGUAUGGGUUGGCGUUUGAGGUGAGGCAAGGAGAGGCAGUGCAGGACAGCGAGAGAGGCAGAAGGGACUUGACAUUAGCAAGAGAUAUUCUUCAAGAUGGCGGAGAGCACAGAUCUGGAGCAGCUGAUGAACUCCUUUAAGAAGUUCGCGAUCCACGGAGACACCAAGGCUACAGGGAAGGAGAUGAACGGGAAGAACUGGGCUAAACUGUGUAAGGACUGCAAGAUCAUCGACGGGAAGAAUGUCACCGGCACUGACGUGGAUAUCGUCUUCACGAAAGUCAAUCCCCCACAGAAAAUGGCGAAGACAGCCGCAGUGGACAGACUGACGGACACCACCAAGUACACAGGCUCCCACAAAGAGCGCUUCGACGAGAGCGGGAAGGGGAGGGGUAAGGGCGGGCGGGAGGAGCUGGUGGAGGAAACGGGAUACGUCGGCUCCUACAAGAACGCCGGAACCUACGAGGAGAAAACCAAGGCUAAGUAGACCACCGGGCCAGGCGGUGUGGUCAACAGGUCCAGUAGACCACCGGGCCAGGCGGGGUGGUCAACAGGUCCAGUAGACCACCGGGCCAGGCGGGGUGGUCAACAGGUCCAGUAGACCACCGGGCCUGGCUGGGUGGUCAACAGGUCCAGUAGACCACCGGGCCAGGCGGGGUGGUCAACAGGUCCAGUAGACCACCGGGCCAGGCGGGGUGGUCAACAGGUCCAGUAGACCACCGGGCCAGGCGGUGUGGUCAACAGGCCCAGUAGACCACCGGGCCAGGCGGGGUGGUCAACAGGUCCAGUAGACCACCGGGCCAGGCGGUGUGGUCAACAGGCCCAGUAGACCACCGGGCCAGGCGGGGUGGUCAACAGGCCCAGUAGACCACCGGGCCAGGCGGGGUGGUCAACAGGCCCAGUAGACCACCGGGCCAGGCGGAUGGUCAACAGGUCCAGUAGACCACCGGGCCAGGCGGGGUGGUCAACAGGUCCAGUAUACCACCGGGCCAGGCGGGGUGGUCAACAGGUCCAGUAGACCACCGGGCCAGGCGGGGUGGUCAACAGGCCCAGUAGAUUACUGGGCCAGGCGGUGUGGUCAACAGGUCCAGUAGACCACCGGGCCAGGCAGUGUGGUCAACAGGCCCACAACAUGAGAUGUAUCCCAAAUUACAUCCUACUCUAUAUAGUCCACUACUUUGACCAGAGCGCUAUGGGUCCUGGUCUAAAGUAGUGCACUAUAGAGGGAAUAGGGUGCCAUAGGGCUCUGGUCUAAAGUAGUGCACUAUAUAGGGAAUAGGGUUCUAUAGGGCUCUGGUCUAAAGUAGUGCACUAUAGAGGGAAUAGAGUGCCAUUUGAGACGCUUCCAGGGUCACUAUCCCCUAAGCCACCCCCCCCAGUCGGGACCAAACCCUGAACCCAGAACUCGGACCCCUAACCACAGGCUUAACCCCAGGCCCUUUCGACAGAGGCUGUCCUCUCUUAUCUUUGAUAUGUUCUGAGGGGGUGUGUGUGUGUUGUCAUUGGGGAUGAUGAGAGAGAGAACAUGCUUUUUACUCUUAUUAUAGCUUUGGAGGUCGUGAGGUGAUCUCCUUCAACAGAGAUAUGACCGAUAAGACAGGUCGUGAGGUGAUCUCCUUCAACAGAGAUAUGACCGAUAGACAGGUCGUGAGGUAAUCUCCUUCAACAGAGAUAUGACCGAUAGACAGGUCGUGAGGUGAUCUCCUUCAACAGAGAUAUGACCGAUAAGACAGGUCGUGAGGUGAUCUCCUUCAACAGAGAUAUGACCGAUAAGACAGGUCGUGAGGUGAUCUCCUUCAACAGAGAUAUGACCGAUAGACAGGUCGUGAGGCGAUCUCCUUCAACAGAGAUAUGACCGAUAAGACAGGUCGUGAGGUGAUCUCCUUCAACAGAGAUAUGACCGAUAAGACAGGUCGUGAGGUGAUCUCCUUCAACAGAGAUAUGACCGAUAAGACAGGUCGUGAGGUGAUCUCCUUCAACAGAGAUAUGACCGAUAAGACAGGUCGUGAGGUGAUCUCCUUCAACAGAGAUAUGACCGAUAGACAGGUCGUGAGGUGAUCUCCUUCAACAGAGAUAUGACCGAUAAGACAGGUCGUGAGGUGAUCUCCUUCAACAGAGAUAUGACCGAUAAGACAGGUCGUGAGGUGAUCUCCUUCAACAGAGAUAUGACCGAUAAGACAGGUCGUGAGGUGAUCUCCUUCAACAGAGAUAUGACCGAUAGACAGGUCGUGAGGUGAUCUCCUUCAACAGAGAUAUGACCGAUAAGACAGGUCGUGAGGUGAUCUCCUUCAACAGAGAUAUGACCGAUAGACAGGUCGUGAGGCGAUCUCCUUCAACAGAGAUAUGACCGAUAAGACAGGUCGUGAGGUGAUCUCCUUCAACAGAGAUUUGUCUGAUGUGUGUUUACAGAUGACUAGAUCAGAAUGCUCUGUUCACUGUCAAACCUGGCCUGCCCUGAGACUGUAUAUAGACCUGUGAUAUACCAUACCUUCACCUUGCUUUGGUUUUAAAUCUGCCCUGAGACUGUAUAUAGACCUGUGAUAUACCAUACCUUCACCUUGCUUUGGUUUUAAAUCUGCCCUGAGACUGUACAUAGACCUGUGAUAUACCAUACCUUCACCUUGCUUUGGUUUUAAAUCUGCCCUGAGACUGUACAUAGACCUGUGAUAUACCAUACCUUCACCCUGCUUUGGUUUUAAAUCUGCCCUGAGACUGUACAUAGACCUGUGAUAUACCAUACCUUCACCUUGCUUUGGUUUUAAAUCUGCCCUGAGACUGUACAUAGACCUGUGAUAUACCAUACCUUCACCUUGCUUUGGUUUUAAAUCUGCCCUGAGACUGUAUAUAGACCUGUGAUAUACCAUACCUUCACCUUGCUUUGGUUUUAACAUGUGCAGUUGCACUGUGAAAUACUGAUGCAAGAGUUGCUCUGGAAUUGAAUGAAACAUCCACUGUAAAGGAAAACGUCAGCACCAAGACCGUGAUUAGACAAAACACAUACUGGUCAAAUAAUCGGACAUUGUGUCGUGUUUCCAUAGGCUUCAAACCAUGAAUGUCUCUCUUUGAAUCGAGUUCACUUUCUUACCGUAUAAUUCAUCUUUCUUACAGUAUAUUUCAUCUCUCAAACUCAAUAGUUUCAGGGUUUUCGUCUUUAAGACUAUCGUUUUAGAACUAGCUAGCUUUUUAUUCCGAGACUAUUUCUUUAAACGUUUGUUGCUUUUCAAAACGUUUCAAUUUAUUUUCUCUCUUUUGGUUCUUUUGGUUUGUUUGUUUUGGUGUUGUAGAAACUGGACAACGGCUGCAUUGAAGGGGAAAUUGUUGUAUUAAAAAAAAUGAUAAUAAAGUGUUUUGUCUUUA